CAUCCCAACCACUCCCCGCAGCCCCUAGUCCGCUUCCAAACAUGUCCAGCCCCCCGCGCAGCCCAAUAGCCUCGCGCUCGUCGCCAACGCGCACCGCGCCGCCCGGCUUUCUUGUGCCACCCAAACCGCGCAGCACCCCGAUCGAACGCAUGACAGUCCGCGAGCUGUGUGAUGCCCGCGCACGCAACGCGCGCAUGCUCGCAGAACCGACAGCCUCCACCUCCGCCUACGCGCAGCGGAUCGCGGGUGAGCAGGCACAGAUCGAAUCGCGCCUCGUUGAGCUCGUCGGGAUCCAAGAAAUCCAGGACCAGCUCCAGAACACGCGCCUGAACGACCCCGAUGUCAAGAUGAAUGUAGACGUCGAGUCUCCGCCCCUCCCGCAAUACAAGGCCAUAUCCGCGAAGCAGAGAGCACUGGCGAAAUACGCAUCCCAUGCCGCACAUCGUAGUGGUCCUGCUAGCGGCAUGUCUCUCCAGGAAGCCAUUCAAAUCGAGCAAGAAGCACAUGCAGCAGACCUCAAGAGACAAGAGGAGCUCGCUGAGAAGAGACGGCGACAAGGCUACAUUGGCGAAGGCGAGCAGCUAACACGAGCCGAGCGAGAAGCCCGCAUGUGGGCAUUCUUCUCCCAGAAGCCCUCUGAUUCCGACCUGGAGGAUGACUAUGAAGACGAUGAAGACGACGAAGAUCCGUCUACAUGGUUCAUAGACGACCAAGACGACGGCCGCAAGGGCCAAGACAUCGUUGAGCCGGACUACGACGACUACUCAAGCAUUAUCCGCAUUGACCAGAGCAGGAUCCCCUGGUCGAUACCGCGCGAAGAAUGAAAUUGUCGUUAUCGAUUCGUAAUUUCGCAGGGUAGCAGUGUAAUAGUGAUGUAACAAUACGGAAUCCAUCCAUAAUCAUGACAAUAGCAUAAAGGCCGUAACGCGUCAGUAGGCAUGAAGAGCGUAACUCAAGUAUCAGGAUCUAUCCUCCCCUCUCAGCGGGCGUGGAUAGGGCAACUACGACCGCGUUGUAGCCAAGACGAUAAACAAGCAUUGUGGAAGCUGCAUAGGCAGCUCAGACGGGCGACAGUAGAUCCUGCGACAAAUUCUUCCAGACAAAUCGCACCUGAACAUAAAGGGAUAAGAAAAUACAUGAAGCGUAGUCAAUGUACACUCACAUUCUAUCCCAAUGAGGGCA